UAUUGGCAGCAUUUGGGUUAGUUUCGUCCCAACAAUAAUACUCUCUUCAUUCCGACAUAGCUAUUAGCUACACACUUCACAAACAUACACAUUCUUUCUCUCUCUCUCUCUCUCUCUCUCUCUCUCUGAAAAUCAACAAGUUAGGGUUACUGUUACGAUUAGGGUUUCAUCUUCUAAUGCAUCAAAACCCCCAAAUUAAACUCUAUUCCCAACAAUGUACAACUCUAUGAACAUCUCCGAUCAGAUCAAGAACAACGACGAAACCGACAACAACAACAAUCACAUCCAUUACGAUUCACAUAAUCUCGAAGACGCUUCCGGUGAAGCUGAAGGAAAUAUCCAAGACGUUUCACUCGAUGAUGUUUAUGUUUCCGGUGACGGAAAUCACCCUGAUAUGUCUAUUCAACGAUUCGAUGAUUCUUCUCAGCUCACGCUUUCUUUUCGUGGCCAAGUUUAUGUCUUCGAUUCUGUUACCCCUGAAAAAGUUCAAUCGGUUUUGUUACUGUUAGGAGGAUGUGAAUUAUCUUCGGGUUCGCAAUGUUUGGAUACAUCGCCCCUUAAUCAAAGGAGUGGUACUGAAUUUCCUACAAGAUGUAGUCAGCCACAGCGUGCAGCGUCGUUGAUUAGGUUUCGUCAGAAGAGGAAAGAGAGAAACUUUGAUAAGAAAGUUAGAUAUGAAGUGCGUCAAGAAGUUGCACUAAGGAUGCAACGUAGUAAGGGUCAAUUUACGUCAUCUAAGAAACAAGAUGGAGCUAACAAUUAUGGCUCUGAUCCAGAGUCAGGGCAGGAUAUGAUUCAAUCAGAAACCUCAUGCACGCACUGUGGAAUCAGUUCAAAAUCAACCCCUAUGAUGCGAAGGGGGCCAUCUGGCCCAAGGACACUUUGUAAUGCUUGUGGGCUGUUUUGGGCAAAUAGGGGUACUCUGAGGGAUCUAUCUACUUCUAGGAGAAAUCACGAGCAACACACUAUUGUGCCACCUGAGCAGGGUGCUAUGAGGGAUCUUUCUAAUUCUAAGAGAAACCACGAACCGCACACUCUUCCACCACCUGAGCAGGUUGGCGAGGGCAAUGACUUGAACUGUGAGACUGCUCUUCCUGCGCAUAACGAUUCUGUUGAUGAUAAAACAGCUUUGGUAUCCAAUCAAUGAGUUUUCCAGUCACACAAUAUGACAGUCAUUGGCUUUGGCACUCGCAGGUUUAUUGUAAUUCCGCUCGAUUCGAACAUAGAAUGUACAGUUCUAGAGAGGUUCUAAUCAACACAUAUGAGGUCUAUUUAAAGUAUGCUCUUGGAUUAGUUGCAUUGGCUAUUUAUCUCUGAAUGUAUAAAAUGGAAUUUAAAUGAUGAUUUGAGUUGGUUUUUAUUGGGUGGACGCUA